AUGCUGUCGUUGUUCAAGUUCUUAGUCGUCGCGGCUCCGGCAGUCCUGGCGGCUGAUAUCUUCGUUUCCACCGACGGAUCGAGCAAUGGAAGCGGCUCCAUCAGCUCGCCCUACUCGUCGAUUCAAGACGCCGUUGAUGCCGCCAGCCCCGGAGAUACCAUUCGUAUCCGCGGCGGCACCUACAAGCCGUCCGAGAACAUCUCGUUCCGCAAGAGCGGCACGUCCAGCUCCCCGUACACCGUGCGUGCCCACGAUGGCGAGGAGGUCAUCCUGGAUGGUGACAACCUCUUCGGAACCCCCGUCGAAGAGUACGAGGGCUCCCUUCCGAGCUCGAAAAGGGGCAUCUUUCACAUCCGCGGCGCCGACUACUGGCGGUUCUACAACCUGACCUUCACCAAGGGACCUUACGGUCUCUACGUCGAGGACUCGUCCAACAACUAUUUCGAGCGCAUCACGACUCACACCAACUACGAGUCCGGUAUGCACCUCCAGAACAAGAUCUCCAACACCGAAAUCGUCUUUCUGGACUCCUACUUCAACUAUGACCCGCGCAAGAACGGCCGUAGCGCCGAUGGAAUCUCGUUGAAGGAGGGAUCGGGAGAUGGCAACAUCAUCCGUGGCGCACGCAUCUGGCACAACUCGGACGAUGGCAUCGACCUCUGGCAAUUUGGCUCCCCCGUCACCAUCCUGGACUGCAUCGUGUUCGAGAACGGCUUCGACCGCUGGGACGUCGGCUCCAAACACGAGGCGGACGGCCACGGCGUCAAGCUCGGCGGUGGUAGCUCGGCGUCGGACCGCACGCCCGUCGAUCACGUCGUCAAGAACGUCAUCUCCUUUGGCAACAAGCGGCGCGGCUUCACCGACAACAACAUGCCGGGCGACAUGACCUUUGAGCGCAACACGGCCUACAAGAACGGCGAGGAGGGCUUCAACACGCGCUCUUCGUCUGCCACGUACACGGGCAACCUGGCGGCCGAGAACUUUGGCACCACCGACACGGACGACCAGUACUACUUCAUCGACGGCGUCACGUCCAAGGGGAACUCGUGGGACGAGGGACAGACGUGGUCGGAUGCCAGCUUCGUCAGCGUCGACACGGACUCAGUCACCGGCUCUCGUGCGGCUGAUGGGCGCCUCCCCGCGAUCGUGAACGACUUCCUGGUCCCUGUCGACGGAGAGGAGCUCGGCGCGCGCGUUGGCGACUGGGCUGCUGGGGAUGCCUCGUUCUCUGGCGCCAGCGCUUAG